ACAAAGUUAAUUUUACGCCCGCUGUUAGUCAUAAAAAAAGGAAAGUUGAACUGAAGCGUCAACAACAUGGAAGUCAUCCUCACGAUUCUCUUCUUCACCGUCUUCUGGGCCGCUGUGGGUCUGAUGGGACCUAGUCUGGUGUCCAAGGCGCAUCAACAAGAUCUGGUGCGCUGCAUCUUCCUGCUGGCGGCGGUCUGUUGCUGGCUCUUCUGGCUCUGCUGCUAUUUGGCGCAACUGAAUCCGCUGAUUGGACCCAAGCUAACCCAGGAAACCGUUCGACUCAUUGCCAAAGCCUGGAACCAUCCCCUCAAGGAGGGAUGACAAUAUACCGAAACAUUGUUAAUCUCUUGAUGACGUUCGACAGUCGACUCCAGCUAAAGAUGAUGCUGUCACUCCUCACACUACGGAACUUACACCGAAAUACAAUCUGCUAACGAAUUUCGCUAACCUAUUUUUGUACUUUUUACGCACAGAAGUUAAAUAUAGUACUUGUCUGUUGAUAGCUAUAA